UGGGCCAUUGUUCGCCUGCCUUGAACAUGCCAUUACGAUCUCACUGUUUUGGAGCUCGUGGUCAUUAGGAGUCGCCGCGGGCCUCCCCUCCAGCCACACUACACCACUAGGACUAGUAUCGAUCUCACCUUAAUUGAAGAUACGAUGUCUACGUUGUAAUAGUCGUGUUAAUUCUUUAAUUAAUCGUUAGCGUCCGAACAGUGCAGUAUCGUGACCUUACCUCCUAACAAUUAGUUUGAUAAACAUCUCUAUUACUGUUUGACCAAUGACUCCAUUUUGCUUUGGAGAGUGUGUGUUACAGUGAAGUUAGGUACGAGUGAGAAUGAGUCCGGUUUUCACCGUGCAUAAGAUUGGUUUGGCCAACAACAAUGGAUUGGCGAUCAGCGAGCCCCUGCCCCGGCCGCCGUGGGUGCGGCGCCAGGCGGCUCGACUGUACCGGGCGAUGCGGCACCGCAUCAGCGGCAAGGGCCGGCCCAAGCCCCCCGACUGGUUCCUGGACAAGUUCGCCGCACAAACCUUCACCGACCCCGAGGAGCCGAUGUAUCAGAGCAUGCGCUCGAAGAUCUUCUGCGGCCUGCGGCUGGCCUUCGAUUCCGCUUUGCCGGGACACUACAAGUGGCUAGCCGUGGUCUCAUUGGCUGUGAUCUACAACGUGGUGUUCGUGAUUGGGCGAGCCGUGUUCUGGGAGCUGGACAAGACGACGCCCGUUGCCUGGUUCACCCUCGACUAUAUCUGCGACUUCAUCUAUCUGAUCGACACCGUCAUACACGCGCACGAAGGAUUUCUGGAGCAAGGCUUACUGGUGAAGGACUCCGAUAUCUUGCGGAGGCACUACCUGAAGACCAUGGCCUGGAAGUACGACCUGGUGUCUCUGCUGCCGACCGACAUCGCCUACUACUGGUGGAUCCCAGGCACCUGCGAUAGCAACCGUUUGCCGUGCCCGGUGAUCGUCCGGCUGAAUAGACUCUUCCGCCUGCCGCGCAUGUGGGAGUGGUUCGACCGCACUGAGACCGCCACCAGCUUUCCCAAUGCAUUCAGGAUUUGCAAGGUGGUCAUGGGCAUACUGAUCCUGAUCCACUGGAACGCGUGCCUGUUCUUCGCCAUCAGCUACGCCAUCGGCUUCGGCACCGACAACUGGGUGUACAACAUCACCGGCGCUCGCAACGAGACCCUCGCGCACCAGUACAUCUACAGCUUCUACUGGUCCACCCUCACGCUCACCACCAUCGGGGAGACCCCACAACCCGAGAUCGACAUUGAAUACCUAUUCGUCGUCGCUGAUUUCCUCGCCGGAGUCCUCAUCUUCGCCACCAUCGUCGGUAACAUCGGCUCAAUGAUUUCCAACAUGAACGUUGCCCGCGUCGAAUUCCAAAACAAAAUGGAUGGUGUGAAACAGUACAUGGCAUUUCGCAAAGUAAGCGGCGAUCUGGAAGCCAGAGUCAUCCGUUGGUUUGCCUACACCUGGGCACAGAGCGGCGCGCUGGACGAGGAGCAUGUGCUGUCGUCUCUACCUGACAAACUGAAGGCCGAAAUCGCUAUAAGAGUACACCUUGACACUUUGAGGCAAGUGAAGAUUUUUGAGGAUUGCGAGCCGGGACUACUCGAGUCACUAGUGUUGAAGCUGCGACUUCAAGUGUUCAGCCCUGGCGACUACAUCUGCCGCAAGGGAGACGUUGGCAAAGAGAUGUACAUCGUGAAGAGGGGCCGGCUACAGGUGGUGGCUGACGACGGGAAGACAGUUCUGGCAACUCUGAGCGCUGGUCAAGUGUUCGGGGAAGUCAGCGUGUUGGAAAUCGCCGGCAACCGGACUGGAAACCGCAGGACUGCUAACGUGCGCUCUAUGGGAUACUCGGACCUGUUCUGUUUGGCGAAGAGGGACCUUUGGGAGGCCCUGGCUGACUACCCCGACGCCCGCGCCACUCUCACUGCGCGCGGAUGCCAACUACUACGCAAGGAUGGGCUACUAGACGAGCAGGUGUUCGAGUCAGCGCAGCAGACGCAGCAGAGCAUGGAGCAGCACGUGCAGCAGCUGGAGGCGGCCGUGGACGUGAUGCGCACGCGCAUCCACGGCUUGUUGGCUGACGUGGGUGAUGAGCACUCGCGCUUGCGGGAGCGCAUCAGCAACAUCGAGGCCAGGGUGAUGCGCGAGGAGGUGAACACGGAAUCGGAAUCGGACUCGAUGUCUCUCGGCGGACUGGACUUGAAGAGCGAGAUCACGGCGCGGGUGUUCAGCGGAGUCGCCAGGGACCCCCCCGUCUCUCCAAACAGCUCCAACUCUCUCUUCAGCUUCCGACUGCCCGUCAGGGACCGAGGCCACUCCCUCAGCGUGGAGAGGACAUCAGAACUUCUACGCGUCACCGCUGAACCCAGGAGCAAGUCGCUACGACUCAAGAGGAAGGCCAAAGAUGGGAACCCGAAGUGAAAUGUCAAUUGAGGUGAAUUGGUUAUGUUGUGAGGUUGGAUGAAGAAGGUAAAACUGACGAUAAUGUCAGACGGGUGGGUUUUGCAUUUCGCAACCAUGUUUGAGGUGCAUUUUAUCUAUCUCGUAGGUAUAUUGUACUCGUAUGUAUUCACUGUAUUUGAACGAUGUGAAGAUUAUUUAUUUCUCCAUCUACUUUUGGGAGAAGACGAGGACGUAAUCUCGAAAUGAAAACUAACAAUAUUACCUUGUUUGAUCUAAUCAUUAUAGUCCUAGGUCCAUGGUCCUUUUGGUGUGAAACCUUCGUAGUGAAUUUUGCAUCUUUUUAAUGCGGGAUUUUCCGAAUUACUUAACAUAACUUGAUCAAAGAAGCAAACUUCUUCUAGUUUUUAUAACUGUUAAAACUUAUUAUAACUUAAUCAUAGUUUAAAGUAGGAAAGGAAUGGUGCCAAUGAACUUGAGCGUAUUUUUUAUUAAUCUAGUAGGUAGUUACGCACUAGGCACUACUUACUUUAUUUUAUAUUGUAAAAUCUAUUUUAUUUGUUAUUAAUGGAUAAGGAAAGGUAUAGUAGGAGCUUUAAGACUUUCUAAAUGAAGGUAUUUUGGAUGAAUAUUCUGUAAUUUUGGAUAUUAACGUGUUUAUAUACUAAAAUGUGUAUUUGUAUUUAUCUUUAUCUUUAUAAACCAACUGGUAUUUUAUAAUCAAAACUCAAUUAUUAUACUAGAGGUAGAAUUUUGAUAACUGAUAUAAACUCAUGAGAAUUCUAUAUGUCUGUUGAAAACUGUCUGUACUUUUUUUAUAUGGAAGUAUUUAUCAUUCUUAUAAAUAAUAUACGUUAUUUAUAAUAUACUUAAUUCACGCAAAUGCUAUUUACUCCCGUCAUUACAUAAGUACCACAACUAUUCAUAACUAAAUUAUCGUUUAAGAUGAAUCUACUUCCUCACAAAUAUAUUUUUAGAAGAUGUGCAAUUGUUUUGUGUAAGAUAUUUUAUAUAAUAUAUAUAUAACUAAGUUUAUAGUAUAUAUUUUUCAAAAAUGUUAUAUUUAACACCUAGUUGACAUGCACAAUACUAAAAUAACUGUCGCUUCCUUAAUUCUGGAAAAUAUUUAUAGGUACCUAACUGGGUAUGAUUUCUUUUUAUUACUAAUAUUUUUAUUUAUAUGUUACUUUUCGUACAGUAUUUAUACUACUACUGAAACCGUAGAAUAGUUAGUAGUCAAAUAUUUUUAUACCUUGUUAAUAGGAAAUGGACAGAUGGAAAGGAGCGAGGAAGAAAGAGGAAAGAAGUUGAGGUUGGCAAACCAAGAUAUUUUAUGUGUAGUUCAUAAGCUAAAUAUAAAAAAUACUUUUGUAAUAUUCUGGUAAGAAAUAUUAUCUCCGAAGGAUCUAGAUACAUUUUACGAGGGAUGCAUUUAUAAAUCCAUAUCUUUAGAGCAUAAGUGUUUCAAAAUUAAUAACAUUACUCCUAAUACCAUUUGUAAUACAUAGUAUGUUCCAAUUUACUUAAAUUUUAUUAAUCUUCGUCAUAUUUACUACUCAUAACUUGAUGCAUAGCAGCCGGGUUAAAAAAAGAAUUUAAUAUCAAUGUUUAUAAAUUUUACGUUUACUUAGAUACCUAGAUAAUGGGUAAUUAAUGUUGUAGUUGUUGGUAGCAAAAUAUUGGAUAAAUGUGUUAUUGUUGUAAGAAUUUAUAUUACGUAACUUAGGUACUUAGGUACCAUCACUUAGAUUUAUAUGCAUGUUUCUAUUAGCUGCAAACACUCUACAUACCUACUCAAUAAUAAUAUAUCUAUUAAAUCAGACUCUCCAAAACUAUUUCAAAUAUCGUAUAUUAUUACUAAUCAUUAAUACAUAUACGUGUAUCUGAUAAUCAUUAUAUUCAAUUUUAUAAAUAUUUUAUAAAAGGUUUUUCAUAUAGACCGAUAUAAACAUCUUUCAAGAGUUUUAAAUUCUUAUUUAUGUAAAUUUUCAAGCCAAAACGAAAUUACAAUAUAUAAUAAAUCUGUGUACAUGAAAUACACUAAACACAUGUUGAAUCUUAAAAUGUAAUAAUAUCGUUAUUUAUUUCAAUAUAAUAACAAUACCGUUGGAGGUACACAAAUUCACUUCGACUCACGUAAUGUAUCACUGAAGUAUCACUAAUCACUUAACACAACAACGAAAACACGUCAAAGCUGAAUAUAAUUUUAAUAUUAUUUAUAAGUUUUUAAUUAUAUAAAUUACUUAGAUACACAGUACAUCACAUAAAGCCAAAAACACUGUAACUUUUUUAUAUAUAUAUACGAUUGUAUUCUAAUUUGAAUAAUACCUAACAUCUAUGGAUAAAUAAAUAAUAUAUGUAUGACAAAGUACCUAACCACUGUACCUAUUUUAACGUGUUUUCCAGUAUCAAACGUCUUAGAUAAAUGGAAUACAGAUAUACCUAUUUACAAAAUAUGAUUUCAUUCAUAUAUAACCCUGUACUAUU